AUGUGUGCACUUGCGUGCCUAAAAUUCAAACCCCCUUCAAAUGUUGUACUGAAAUCUGCUUCCACGACAUCGUUCAGGAAACCGUUCAUACGAAAAAUGACGUCACCGUUGGACGAUUAUCGUAAACGUGCUAUUUUCUUCUGGAGUGAUCUCAGAAAUGACGUGGAAGGUGUGAACACUACAAGAAUUAAGGAAGAGAUCUAUUCAAUACUCGACAGGGAACCGUUAUUUGCCCGCGACUUCAGGAGACUAUCGCUCAAGGAACACAGGGAAAUCAACCAUAAACGUUGGAAGAGAAUUAUUGAGUUGGGACUUGUGUACGAUCAAUUUGAGGAUCUGGAAAGAUACCAAUGUCUUACUGAAGUACUGGAGACUUAUGAUCAAGGACUAUCCGCACGUCUGGCUUUGCACUCCUCGGUUUUCAUGACUGCUCUAGUUUCUAUGGGAACCGAUCGUCAUAGAGAAAUAAUCAAGAAAGCAAAGAGAAAUGAGAUAGUAGGCUGUUUCUGCCUGACGGAAGUCAGCCAUGGAUCAAACACCCAAGAGAUCCAAACUACUGCAACAUUUGACAACGGAGAAUUUGUUUUCAAUUGUCCGAAUGAGGGAGCAAUAAAAUGUUGGGCUGGUAAUUUAGCACAAUCGGCCACCCAUGCUGUCGUUUUUGCUCAGUUACAUGUUUCUGGAAAAUGCGAAGGAGUCCAUGCGUUCGUUCUUCAAGUUAGGAACAUGGAAACUUUCGAACCACUUCCGGGAAUCGUUAUCGGAGAUAUGGGCGAAAAGCCAGGCGCAUGGAACGGUGUUGAGAAUGGUUGGAUGGAAUUUAAGGAUCACCGUGCCCCUCUAUGGACACUUCUCAACAAGGGCUGUGAAGUUACCGAAGCUGGGAGCUACUUUUCGCACUAUAAAUCGUCUAGCGAACGGCAGUCCGUCAGCCUUGGAGCACUAUCUGUUGGCAGGAUUGGCAUUAUUGGCAAAGGCAUCAUUGCAUGCGGUUUAGCUGCGACAAUAGGGAUACGCUACAGUGCAUGCAGGAAGCAGUUUGGGCCCAAGAAAGGAGCGGAAAUCCCCGUGCUAGACUAUCCGCUUCAGCAACAUCGGUUGUUCCCCUAUUUGGCAGGACAUUUCACUCUGCGAGCCUUCCACAAAAAGUUUUUAGAACAUUUCACCGAGUAUAUGAUGCGUGUGAUGCAGGGUGAGAAGUCAGAUGAACUAGCCAACUUCGCCAAAGAGGUUCAUGCGCUUUCGGCUGCGGCGAAGCCAGUUGCCACAUGGUUUGGAGUGCAAGCUUUGGAUGAGGCACGACGAGCUUGCGGUGGACACGGGUUUCUUUAUUGUUCGCGAUUAAAUGAGUUACGAGACAGUUUUGAUCCUUCGCAGACAUUCGAGGGUGAGAAUAAUAUGAUUCUACAACAAACGAGCAAUAUUCUUCUUGAGAAGUCUCGGGAAGAAUACAUGGAUUCACCGAUGAAAACAUUUGAUGUUUUAUAUGGAGAAUCAAGUAAUUUUAGGGACUUUGGAGAAGAUAUCUUGGAAGAUGUGUUAAACGCAUACAGAUGGUUGAUUAAAUACUAUUUACAUGAAACCAGAGAUGCUUAUGACGAAUUCUUGAAAGAAACGCAAAACGAUACGUUCGAAUCUCGAUAUGAGACACAGGUGCACAGAGCUCAGUUACUUAGUAUAGCGUACGCUGAAUAUGUGAUUGUGAAAUGGGCGGCUGACGCCUACAGGAGUCUGGAAAAUCCUCGCGUUUAUCAGGUGCUGCUACGAAUGCCCUCCUUAUACGGCCUCUACUCUUUGGAAAAGCAUCUCGGAUCAUUUUACAUGGGCGGAUACACCUAUACGGAACAGUUCGGAGAAGGUAUACGACGGUCGAUUCGCCAGCUUGAGGCCGAUCUCCUACCGGACUCGGUCUCUUUAGUCGAUGCUAUCGCUCCACCAGAUUUUGUUCUCAACUCGGCACUAGGAAUGAGUGAUGGAAAGCCAUAUGAUCACAUGAUGAAGGAGUUUCGUUCUCAUACCAAUAUGAAACCAGAUUGGUGGCAAGAUCUCAGAGAUUUUCUUAAGGAGAACGCUAAAAAAAGCAAAUUGUAG